AUGGUGUCGUUUGCGUCGCCGCUGUUCUGGCAGAUCAACUACCUGGUCACGAACCUCAGCAAGAAGAACUUCAAGUCCAACGUGGCCGAGCUCAACCAGCUCGUGGAACUCUACGGAGAGGACGCGCGCAUCUUCCUGCUCAACUGCCUCGUCAAGGACAUCGACUUCCGCGACGCGCGCGGCCAGAAGGACGCGCUCAAAAUCCAGCUGCUCACGCACGAGGUCGCGCAGGCCUCGUCGCGCCCCAACUUCACCACUUUCAUCUGCGAGGCGAUCGAAGGAAGCUCGCCUGAUGCCGCAGCCAAUGGAAGUGCCCGCCUCGUGACGGAGGAGUUCCUGCAGCUCUUCUGCAAGACGCUCAAGCUCAGCCUCCCGCAGCAGGUGACGGUCGGCCUGGCCUUCGCCCAGGGCGAGAACGCCGAGAGCUCCGCCCAGGCCAUCCAGUUCCUGCGCACCAAGAUCCCCGAGAUCUCGUCCUGCGGCGCCAAGUUGCCGUCCGACGUGCUGCACUCGCUCGUCUUCGUGCUGCGCAUGAAGAAGGAGUUCCACGAGGACAUCGCCGAGACGGACUCGUUCCUCGCCAGCAUCUCGUCGGCGCACCCGAACGACAUGGGCUCGCUCGAGAUGGCGCCGCUCACGAUGGGCGACCCCGAGCACGUGGACUGCGAGCCCGUGACGGACUCGGACGCCCUCAGCAAGCUCAUCUCGGACGUGUCGUCGAGCUGCCUGUUCUACGAGCUGAUGGAGGACGUCGGCUACUCGUGCACGUCGUCUCCUCAAGCCUUCCGUACGCUGCUGGCUGAGGCCGGGCUUGCCAAGGCGCCCACGAUCCCGCCGGCCCAGGUCGCGGGUAUGCUGGCCAUGCUAUCGCGGACCUACACGGGAUUGGACGCGGAGAACGGCGCAACACUGAUGGCGAACCUUACGAUUGACUUCGAGGCCACCGCGUCGGACUCGGCAGCCGCAGCCCCAGUGCGGGAAAACUGGGACCUCGAGGUUAUCGCAGAUGUGCUGCAGAAAGACUACGGCUCCAUCAAGUGGACCAAGGUGGCGGAGAAGCUGGACCGCGCCGACCUGAACAUCCAGAAUGCGGCCCAGCUGCGCGUGCUCAUCACGGCGUUCCAGCGGUUCUCGCAGACCAAGUUCCGCGUGACGACUCUGCUCCGACCAUGGAAGAACAGCCGCGCGCACAUCAGCAUCCUGAAGGCGGCGGUCGAGGCACCGCCCGAAGUGCUUUCGUUCUCAGAGUCGCCGCACAAGCUUGCGCCCUUUGAAGGCGCCGAUGCGUCGGCUGUCCCUAAGAACGGUGUGUGGUUCUCGCUUGAUGUUGUGGAGACGCUCCUACAAGUGUCGGAGCAAGACUGCUACGGCGACGUGCGCAAGCUGCUGGACGGAGCCAUGAAGACGUGCCCGGAUGUCCUGAUUGCCAACUUGGCGCAGGCCUCGCCCCGCUGGAAUGCGCUCCGCGACGACAUGUUCUCGGAGCUCUUCAGCACGUACAUCAUGGGCCGCCCCAACGCGCCGCUCAUCAUGCGCCACUUGUGGUCCGUGGCGCCCAAGCUCGUGCUCUACGCGAGCGUCAAGUGCUUCUACGCCGCCACGGCGCCGCACAUCGUGUCGCGACUCUUCGCGCUCUUCCGCAACACGGGCGACGCCUUCGCCUCCGCCAUCCACUCGAACUACUUCUCGUUCGCGCUCGCGCUGGCAACGAUGGGGGCCAACCACGACGUGCUAAACUUAGAGACGUGGCUGGUGGAGCGCCUCGCAUCGCAACGGACGGCGUUUGCGACGUCGUGCCUAGCGUUCGUGCACCGCAACUACGCGCGCGCCGUGCCCAAGAGCAACAUUACGCCGCAGUCGAGCCACCUGCUGUCCAUUGAGUCGUUGGCGACUAUUCUUAAGUGCAUCAUGGCGGUUCAAGGGGCACUACCCGUUACUAUCGCUCAAGAGCUCAAGCGCAUUAUCACGCUCUGCAUGGAGACCCACCCCGUCAUCUCCGCAUCGACACGCCCGGCCGGAGAGGCAUCCCCGCACGUUCCGGGGGCCGCCGCUAGUAUGGCUGCCGGAGCCGCUGCAGCUGCGGGUGUUGGAGCUGGAGGCGAGUCGUCUGCUGGCGGCGGCGACGCGCCGACCUACACGGCCGAAAUGAUCGAGGAGCAGGCGAACGCCUACUUCCAGCAGAUCUACACGUCGGAGCAAAACAUCAACGACGUCGUGGCAAUGCUGAAGCGCUUCCAAGGCUCUCGCGAUGAACGCGAGCGGCAAAUCUUCUACUGCAUGAUCCACAACCUCUUCGACGAGUACCGCUUCUUCCCUCGGUAUCCGGAGAUGGAGCUGCGAAUCACUGGUGUUCUCUUCGGCAAGUUGAUUGAGCACCAAGUGCUUCCCCCCAACUUCCUCCAAACUGCGCUUCGUUCGGUGCUCGAGAGUCUUCGUGAGCCGGUGAACUCCAAGUUCUUCUUUUUCGGCGCAUGCGCGUUGCAGCAGUUCGUUCCAAGGCUACGGGAGCUUCCAGCGUAUUGUACGAACCUGUCCCAAAUCCCGCAUUUGCAGCAUGCACUGCCUGAAAUUAUGCGCCAAGUGAACCAAGUUACGCGCUCUAUGGCGCUGUCUGGUAAUUCAUUGGAUGCUAAUGGUGGUAACGGUGCUGCAUUAUCCUCGCUGGGUGGUUCACUGCCACCGCUGGGCGGUGCAGGUGAGGGCGAAGGUGCCUCGAGGCUUGCUGCUUCUGCCGCAACGCUCGGUGCUGGAUCGCCGCCGCGCGCUCCAUCCGUGCAGAAGGCACAGGACGACAUCGGGUUGGGUAUCCAAAUCCCAUCGUCGAUCUUGAGCCGUUCGGCAGGACCAUCGUUGACUUCUCCGUCGCCGAAGGCUCCAGCUGGCUCGCCGCCUCCGCCCGCUGCCCCUGCGCCGGAGCUGAAGGUUGAUCAUAUCUUCCAUGAAUCGAGCAAGGUGGACGAAAACGAGGUGGUCGAGCAGCCCGAUGAGAACGUGAAGGACCGCAUCCACUUCAUUGUGAACAACAUGUCGAUCUCGAAUCUGGAGGCGAAGAUCCCUGAAGUGCGCAAGAUGCUGUUGCCUGCGUACCAUGCGUGGCUCGCGAACUACUUGGUGGUGAAACGUAUUUCGACCCAGCCGAACUACCACACCGUGUACCUUAUUUUCAUCGAGAAGCUGAUGCGGCCUGAACUUGAGCGUGAAAUUCUCAUGCGUACCCUUCAGAACGCUCGUAAGCUGUUGACAUCUGGAACGAUCACGACUAAUUCGCAGCAGCGCUCGUUGCUAAAGAACUUGGGUUCGUGGCUCGGUGUAUUCACUCUUGCGCGCAACAAGCCUCUGCUGCAGCGUGACCUGGACUUGAAGGAGCUACUCUACGUGGGCUACGAAACCGGCCACCUCAUCGCUGUGACGCCAUUCGUGGCCAAGAUUCUUGAGGGAUGCAAGAAGUCGAAGAUCUUCAAGCCGCCUAACCCGUGGGUUAUGGGCCUUAUUCAUGCUAUGAGUGAGAUCUACGAUGUGCCCGACCUCAAGCUCAACCUAAAGUUUGAGAUUGAAGUCCUGUUCAAGUCGUUCAAGCUUAAUGUGGAGGACCAACGCAAGGCGCAGCUACUGCAUACGCGACGUGCACCACCUCGCACGGCGAACCCGGACUUCAACGUAAAGGUCCCGAAGAACACGAUGAUGGGGCAGCGGUCUGCCACGCCGCCUCCUGGCGCAGGCUCUAAGCUGGGCCGGCCACUGACUCCAGGCAAGCCGAUGAAGACUGCACCGGCUGGUAGCCCGACUGGAAGAGAGGGAAUGGCAAGCUACAGCUCGCUCGGAGCGAAUAGUGCUGGUGGAGCUGCGGCUGCCGAGUCGACGGUGAUCCCGAACCUGGCUUCGUACGUCGCUGUAAACCCAGAGCUGCCGCUGCGCAACGUUAACUUGCGUCGCUUGGUACCUCUUGCUGUGGACCGCGCCAUUCGCGAGGUGAUCUCCCCCGUGGUGGAGCGCAGCGUCACUAUUGCGUGUAUCACUACUCGUGAGGUGAUUUUGAAGGAUUUCGCUACCGAGACUGAUGAUACGAAGAUGCGCAAGGCUGCGCACCUGAUGGUGGCUUCAAUGUCGGGCUCGUUGGCGCUCAUCACGGCAAAGGAGCCUCUGCGCAAUGCCAUCGGCACACACCUGCGUGCUCUGCUUCCCACCAGCGCUGGAGACCCGCAGCAGCUAGAGCAUGUGAUCCAGGUGUGCUCGAACGAGAACACGGACUUGGGCUGCAUGCUUAUUGAGAAAGCGUCGUCUGAGAAGGCCAUGCGCGACAUUGACGAGGCUCUUGCUGGUGCUUACGCGUCGCGCCGGCGCUACCAGCAGCAGCAAGCCCAGGCCGGCAAAGCGCCAGGUGCUGAUGGCGUGCACUUUUUCGAGGGAAGCGCAAGCAGCGCUGCUGUGGCAGCUUCGGCAGGCUCACCUGGUGCGCCUAGUGGCCACUGGCCGGCUGCGUUGCCUGAAGUCUUCAAGCCCAAGCCGGGUGGAGUGCCGCCUAUGCAGCUUGUUGUUUACGAGGCAUUCCAGCGCAUCCCACGUCCGACUUCCAUGCCGCUUUCGUCUCGUGCAGGUGCUGGUGCAUACCCAGGAGGUGCAGUGGACAAGGAAGGAGAUACUGCCGGUGUUAGCGUGACUGCAGCGCUGGACCGCUUCGCUGGAUUGCUGGAGCGUUUCGAGCUGUUUGUGCAGAAGGUGGCUCGUCAGGCCGCAGCUGCUCAGCGUGAACUCCCGUCGCUGUUGGCUAUCCCGGCUGAGAGCGAAGUGUUUGCUGUGCUGCGAGAGGUUCGUGCGCUUGGUGGCAGCGUGCGACCAGCGCUGCGUGACGAAGCAUGUCUUAAGAUCGCGAACCGAAUUGUGAAGUUCAUGUACGAGCUGGGCAACGGUGGCCGGGGUAACGAGCUGUUCCUGGAGAUUCUUGUUAGCUCGCUGGAGGCACUGACGGCAAGCUGUGAGAAGCUUCGCAAGGAAAUCGUUGGCUGGGUGCUUCGCGCGCCAGUGGAUGACAAGCUGAAGCUGCACUGUGAAAUCAUCGUGGCUCUUAUCCGCUACAAGGUCGUGGAGGCAAGUGAAUUUGACGUGUACCUGGCGCGCAAUAUGGAGCGUAACAGUGUGGCAAUCGAGUUCGCGGUGCACGUUGUGCGUCAAUGCCUCAUCAUGGAGCACGUGGCUGUCGCAGCUCAGCUGCCGAAUACUCUGGAGGCUCUUGCGCGUAUUGUGGAGCGCCACGGAGGUUCUACUGCAAACAAGAACGUGCAGAUUCUUGCCGCGCUGCUGGAACAGGCCCGUGUCCAGAAGCUGCAGAACCGCCCGGCCCCUCCAGCACCGCAGAAGAGCAUGGGCGCUAUUGGUAGUGGUGCUUCGAAGGCCAGCGGAGAACGCCCUCUUGUACAGGAGCACGCUGCUUUCCGGCACACUGUCAGCAACGCGCUGGAGCACUGGAUCGCUAUCUACAAGGAGCCCACUGGCAAUUCCAAGAUGCAUGCCCAGUACCUCCAGAUGCUGAAGCAGUACGGUCUCCUUGCCGACGACGAAAGUGUCUCGCUGUUCUUCAAGUUUGGCACGGAGCUGUGCGUCGAUGCGUGCCUGAAGAGCUCGUUUGCGGCAAGUGACCCUGCUGCGCUCAAGGCUGGCGCCAAGGUUCCCCUGAACUACGCUGUACUGGAUGCACUGACGCACCUGAUGGCGCUGUUGGUGAAGUACUUGGACCCUUCGCCUGCUGCCAAGCUGCAGGUGUUGAACCACGCUGUGGGUGCUAUUGCCAACGUUUUGGUUGCAGCACACGACCUGUCGCGCAAGAAGAAGGCGCCCUUCGAUCAGCGCGUGUUCUUCCGCAUGUUCGUCAACCUCAUGAAGGAGUUGACGGCUCAGGAGCCGGCUCUGGAUGCUAUCCACCUCCAAGUGCUUAACACGUUUGCCAGCGCGUACAACACGCUGCAACCGCUUGGACUUCCUGGUUUUGUGUUCGCCUGGACGGAGCUAAUUUCGCACCGCUGCUUCAUGCCGCUGUUGUUGCGUGCGAAGCAGCAGCGUGGCUGGCAGAUUCUGCACCGCUUGCUCAUGAACCUGCUCGUGUUCAUGGAACCAUUCCUCCGCCACGCGAACUCAGCGGUUCCGCUGCCCGACUCGAUUGCCGCUCUCUACAAGGGCGUCGUGCGGAUCAUUUUGGUGUUGCUGCACGACUACCCGGACUUCCUCAGCGACUUUUACACGAGUUUCUGCGACGUGCUGCCGGCGGCUUGCGUGCAGCUCCGCAACGUGAUCCUGUCGGCGUUCUCGCGCUCGAUGCGGCUGCCUGACCCGCUCACGCUGGGGCUUCAAGUUGCUCAGCUCCCGGAGGUGAGCGUGGCUCCACGACUCAUGCCUGCGUGGGGAGCUGCUCUCAGCCACAAUGCCAUCAAGGAGUACGUGGACGAGUUCCUGCACGCGUCCGCUAACCGCGCCUCGGCGUUCCCCGCAGACCUGAUCUCCAAGUUGAUGCGCCCUGCUGCUCAGCUUGAACGUGACCCGACGUCCUGCAAGUACGCGUUGCCGGCGCUCAACGCGCUCGUGGUUUACCUCGGAAAGGAGGGCAUUGCAGACAUGGCCAACGGGGGCGCGAGUGCACCGACGACGCCGCCUGGAGCUGACGGCAAGGCUGGAGCUGGCAGUACGACUAGCAAGUUCGAGCAGAGCGCGGCCAUGGAUGUGUUCCGUUACCUGGCGGACGAGCUGGACACCGAGGGCCGCUACUGGUACUUCAGCUCGCUGGCCAACCACCUGCGCUACCCGAACAGCCACACGCACUACUUCAGCUGCGUCAUCCUGUACCUGUUCUCGUACUCGAGCAACAAGAUGGUCAAGGAGCAGAUCACGCGCGUGCUCAUCGAGCGCCUCAUUGCCAACCGCCCGCACCCAUGGGGCCUGCUGGUGACGUUCAUCGAGCUGAUCCGCAACAAGAGCUACAAGUUCUGGGAGCAGGACUAUCUCGAGUGCUCGAGCGAGAUCAAGGAGGUCUUCGACGACGUGGCCCGCACGUGCCUGGGCACUGCGCCUGGCGCGUCGGGUGCCAGUCCGUUGGCCUCGCUCGGCGGCAGCGCGCUUCCGUCUGCCUCCUCCAGCGCCUCCUCUUAG